UUUGAUAAAAAAUGAGCAUUACAAGAAAAUAUAUCAAAAAAUUAAGCCAAAAAUUUAAAAAAUAAAGUCAUUUUUAUGGUCAUAUUUUGGGGAUUUUUACGGUCAUUUUUCAUUCAUAUUAUAAGGUUUUAUCGGUCAUUCAUAGCCGACGUCUGCUCCUUACCCGGAAAAUCAAUAUAAACAUCAAACAUGUGGUGAGAAAUAACAAAUAAAUAAUUAUUUUUCCACAAUUUCGUAGAAAUUCUAGCGAAACAAAUUAUUUAAUUGUACAUCAGGCCACAGAAAACCAUGUCCGGCUGUGUGUUCUGCGCUGAGGCGAGUGUCGCCACGACCGCGACGUCCACAACGAUGGAGGCGUAUCCAUUUAUCUGCGCCCAAGUCGGCCUGUCGCCAACGGGUGGUCAAAGUCCGGCCGGGUUGUGUUCGACCUGUCACGAUUUGUGGGAGGAGGUGACUCUACUGUAUUCAAAUAUGCAAGGACUCCUUAAUCUCAUGCGGAGGAGGGUGACCUCGAUCAAGCAGCGGGUCAAGGUCAAGGAUGGCAAUAAAAGUAAUCAAACGCGACGUCAAGGGAAACGAUCUCGACCUGGAGCUCCUCCUACUUGUGGAUCUGGGCCAGACCCCCUGAUAAAUUGGCGGUACCCGCAAACCUCCUCCCAACCCGUAGCAAAUACUAAUGCAGAAAUUCAUAAGUUCGCCGCCAGCCCCACAAGUAGCGACUCUGAUGCAAUCGUAAAAUUAGAAUCUGUCGACUUUGAUGAUUGUCUCGGUGGAGAAGAAAUGGAUUUGGAAGACGUUGAAAUUAUGCCGGAUCCAGGUCACGAGAGGGACGAUGGUGAUGACGACGACGAUGAUCUGAAUGACCCAAGUUAUGACCCAAUCGGGAAUGAUGAAGGUGCACCAAUGCACGACGGAAAGCCGAAGCCAACCCCACGCCAACCUCUCAUCCCGCAAGAUUAUCCCCCCAUCGAAACUCUCGUCUCGGAGAAGGGCAAACCCAUGAUUUCGGUGGAAAAUUACCUCUUCAACCUCGUCAGAACUUCGACCACGCUGGGAAAACUGUUGUGGGCAUGCGGCCACCACGCUCAGGGAAAGUGUGGCGUCCGCCUCCAUACUACGGAUGACGCCACAAAUCCAAAAUUUCUAGUCCAAAUUAACACCCAUAAUCACCCCUCGAAUGAAGGAGCAACUUUGGUGAAGAAAGUGAUGAAUAAAAUACGUACGGCCGCACUCACAACGACGGACACACCGCUGGAAAUUAUUCGCCAGUUUAAACAAGAUCUGAAAGCGGUGGAGAUAAAGAAUGGGAAGAAAAUACUGGAUGAAAGUAUAAAAAGAAGUAUUCGCAAGUUUAGGAAAGACCGUGUCGCAGCGGCGGGAUCGUCGCCAAGUGAACAGGUGUAAUUAAGCGAUGAAUUGCUACACUGUUAAAAAAAAUCUGUUAAAGUAACAUUCGUAUGUACAUAUAUAUGUAUUAAUUUGGUAAAACUUCCGAAUUGUUAGUACUGUGUUUCUGACUUGCAAAUUUUUCAUCGUCACGACAUUACAUACGUCUAGUAUUAUUAGGGUGUCACACAUAUGCAAAUAUGUACUACGGCCAGUAAUAAUUAAUACCAGUUUUCUACUUAAUUAGAGUCUAUUUAAUAAUUAAUUGACAAAAUACAUACAGUUAAAUAUAUAAGUAUCUAUGUUGCACAGGGAGUAUGUAGAAGUAUACGUAUGCCUAUAGGUUUGCCAUUGAAAUUUAAUAAAUCGAAUUAUCUAAUAGAAAUUUUGAUAUUUUCGAA